GGUGUGUGGGAGUCCCUGCUCCAGCCGCUCCCACGCCUCGCACGGUGUGCACUGUGUAAUGCCAGUUAGGUACACGCCCCUAAAUAAUAAAGCUCGCUGUAGCCGCUUUUUACUCAUUUGAGAAAGGAAAAGGCGGCCAUUUACUGUAAGUUCGCGUUUCAUCUCGAAAUGGAGUGCAUACGAAAACGGCCCACAAGAACCAAAUCGGAGGAAUUAAUAUAUCAAGCGCAGAGCAAGAAUGCCGCUACUGUAAAUGGGAAACUUAUAGGCAUGGAGGGGGAUGAGGACCUCAGCUUCCUGCUGAUGGGGGGAGAGCUCCUGAAGGUGCGAUCAAACUCCUGGAAGAAGAGCCGUUUCUUCAAGCUGCAGGAGGACUGCAAGACCGUGUGGCACGAGUCACACAAGAGCAGGAGGACCGAUCAGACGUUCUCCAUCGACGAUAUCGCAGAGGUGCGGCCUGGCCGGCGUACCGAGGAGCUCCAGAAGUACACGGAAGAGCUUGCUGAGGACCGCUGCUUCUCGAUCAUCUUCAAGGGUCGUCGAAAGAACCUGGACCUCGUGGCAGGCACUGAGGAGGAGGCUACCAAGUGGGUGAACAGCCUGGAGAAGGUCAUCAACAAUGUGCGCAACCUCAACUCGCAGCAGCAGACUGAGCACUGGAUCUUCAAUUGCAUGCGCAAGGCAGACCAGAACUCUGACAACAAGAUGAGCCUGAAGGAGCUGAAGCGUUUCUUGCUUGAAAUCAACAUUGAGGUUGAUGACGCCUAUGCAGAAAUGCUUUUCGAGAAAUGUGACAAAUCCAAGUCUGGAUACCUGGAGGGUUCUGAAAUCGAAGAUUUCUACAAGCUACUGACCUCCCGGGAGGAGAUAGAUGUCAUUUACGGGAAGUAUGCCCAGACAGGAGGCCAGAUGAGUGCCAGGGACCUUCUUCACUUCCUGCUUCAAGAGCAACGAGAAUCUGUCUCCCUAGAAGAUGCCCAGAAACUCAUAGAGAAGUAUGAGGUUGAUGACAUAGCUAAAGAGAAGCAACACAUGACCAAAGAUGGAUUCUUGAUGUACUUGAACCAGCCGGAGGGUAUGAUCUUAAACCCUGCCCACAAGGAUGUUUACCAGGACAUGACCAGACCCCUGAGCCAUUACUUCAUCUCCUCUUCCCACAACACCUACCUAAUGGAAGACCAGCUCAAAGGUCCCAGCAGCACAGAAGCCUACAUACGGGCUCUGACAAAGAGCUGCCGUUGCUUGGAGUUGGACUGCUGGGAUGGCAGCGAAGGCGAGCCUGUUAUUUACCACGGAUAUACGCUCACCAGCAAGAUCCUCUUCAAAGAUGUCAUCAAAGCUAUUAAAGAAUAUGCAUUCAAGACUUCCGAGUAUCCGGUAAUCCUGUCCCUGGAGAACCACUGCAGCAUGGAACAACAGAAGAUCAUGGCCGAACACUUGACUUCCAUUCUAGGUGACGCUCUGCUCACCAAACCUCUGGGAGACCAGGUUCCCACCACCUUCCCAGCACUAGAGGAGCUGAAGGGCCGCUUCCUGAUAAAGGGGAAGAAGCUGAACAGCUUGGAGGACGCUUUUGCUGGUAAUGCAGCAGGCGAGGAAACAGUGUCUGAGGAUGACGAAGCCGCAGACAUACUGACAGACGAAGAGAAGAAAGAGAAGGAAUCUAAGCUGAAGCUGGCAAAGGAACUCUCAGAUCUUGUCAUCUAUUGCAAGAGCGUGCAUUUCCACGGGUUCGACCAUACAAGGGACAACCAGGCUUUUUAUGAGAUGUGCUCCUUCAAGGAGAGCAAAGCUGAGAAGCUGGCUGUAGAUUCAGCAAAUGAAUUCAUUCACCACAAUGUGAACAAGCUCAGCAGAGUCUAUCCAGCAGGCUCAAGAACUGACUCCUCCAACUAUAACCCCGUCCCUCUGUGGACCGCUGGCUGCCAGAUAGUGGCCUUAAACUUCCAGACACCCUCUGCUGAGAUGGACCUUAACCAAGGGUUGUUCUUGCCCAAUGGAAAGACUGGCUACAUCCUUAAACCAGCCUUCCUGCAGGACGAAGCAACAGAGUUCGAUCCCAUCACGCUCACAAGGGGACCCUGGCUGCAGCACAAGACCCUCCAUGUCAUGAUCAUCUCAGCUCAGCAGUUGCCCAAGCUCAGCAAGAAGGAGUCAUCCAUCGUUGACCCCCUUGUGAAGGUGGAGAUCUAUGGUGUGCAGCAGGAUUUGGCCAGCAAACAGACGCACCACAUCGACAACAAUGGUUUCUCCCCCAUGUGGAACGAGAACUUCCAGUUUGAGAUUUGUGUGCCUGAACUGGCCCUGGUGCGCUUUGUGGUAGAGGACUAUGAUGCUGUCACUCAGAACGACCUCAUUGGACAGUACACCGUGCCCUUCUCCAGUUUACAGAAUGGAUACAGACACGUGCCCCUGCUCAACAACUGCGGCGACUUCAUUCCCUCAGCCAGACUCUUUGUGCACAUCAUGGCCGUGGACGGCGACUAGGCCCCGUCCACAGAGUCCCUAGUCUGCACGGUGUCUGAAGCAGCAGGCCAUUAAGCUUUAGUCAUACUGGACAUGUUCUCUCUGUCGUUUUCCAGAAGUAAAAGGCAGCAUAAUAAUUUGUGUAGAAAACCUUGUUUAUCAUUUUUAUGUUUCUAAACUGGGGGUAUGAAAGAAUAUCCAAUACCCUCUUUGAACAAUGAGAAUAAAAGUUACCGGAAGCAGAUACAGCCCCCCCAAAAAAGGAAAAAGGCAAAAAAGAAACUACAGCAUCUGACAUGUUAGCAAAUUAACACUAUGCAUUACCAUUUAUGGAUGCACACAGGAAGUACAGAUUUCACUGGACAAUCACAUUACAGUUGAUCAGUUAUUCCGAUGCAUUAUAUCCCAUUUCCUUCUGUGUAUUAUCAGUGUUUUUAAAAAAGGAUAUUUAAAUGAUGCUUAACUUCCGAUAUGCACUAUUUCUACUAAUACUAAUAUUUUAGUGGGUUGUGUGUUAAAGGGGCCUAAACUCCUUCAGUCCUGGACUGAGGCAGUCUACAUUCAAAGGGUAUGGAUUGAUCUGUCCUGCUUUUGAAUAUUGCCUAUUCAUGAGUCAAUUUAUGUAGCCUGCAUAAAUGUAUUUAUCUGUAUUGAUGUACAUGAUUUACAGCUUAUCUACAGCAAUAAUGUAUAGACCCAUUAAAUGAAUUACAUAAUCACUGGUCUUACCAGAAUUAUGUUGGGAGCGGACUUCAAAGCCUCAUGCAUUUCUGUGGUGCGGUUAACCCGGGAUAAAACAGGACCAGAUCCCUAUUGAACGAGUCCAGCUACUUAAUUGGGAAAUCAGGAAUUGAAAAAUCCAGCUCAUCUAGAAUCAAGGGCUCUGCAGAAUGAAGCCCAGAUGUCCAAUUCAGCAGAGUCACCUUGGUCACCCAUUUCACGUUCUUUCUACUGUGUGCACCCUCUCCUAUAUACAGUAUAUGUAUUGUUUUCUGAAAUAAACUGAUUUUGUAAGAAUAAAA